GUUGGAAGAUUGUGCUGCUAUAUCAGCUCUACUUGAGACCAAUUGAUUAAGUUGCCAUAGCCCUGGCCAGUUGCAUUAAUGUGCAGCGUUAUGGCUUAUUAUGAAGUUUUCCUGCCCCCAAAGAACUAUAGGUAAUGGGGUUGAAUUAUCAGUAGCCUUGCUCAUCUGCACUGCUGCUCCCCAUCUGCAUUUUCUCUUUCUCUAGAAGUGCGGAUUUCUUCACCAGUUGGAGAACUGCUGUGCUCUAGGCUCUAAAUGCCUGUUGUGACCUUCUCGAAAGCAACUUCUACAAACAUUGGGCUUAUGCCAUAACAUCCUCCCAAAAGUGUUGCUGUUUCUAAGGCUGCGUGAACGGACCGCUGUUGGCAGUGGGCCUCCGAGGCUGCUUUACUUGUUGACAAGUGUGACGUUUUCAUAUGUAGCAAAGAGACACUUCAGCUAGAUUUUUAUCUAGCUGUUGUACCCUCGGUAUUGAUUUAAGCCAGUGGAAAGCUUUUACUGGAUAUUAUUUAUUUACUUGUUUCCAUGUGCGGUGAUUUAUUCUUAGUUCAUUUGGACUGUUAGGGGGUGAUAUGGAGAACAGCAAAAAGCACGCUGCCUGCUGCUGAUUUUUAUGAGCCAGAAGAUUUAAUGUAUGUGUUAUCCAACAGGACGAGUCUCCCAGCCACUGCCACGUUUUCAUCUAUUGAUGAACGUCAGCCGCUGGUUGGUACCAAAGGAGGAAGACUGAAUUAAUCCCAGAUGGGGGAACUGUUUCAGCCAAUUUAAGACUUUCCGGUCAAUUGAAGGCAGCAGAAAGGUCAACAGACUGCAGGAAGAAGCAUUUGAAGUUUUAUUUUUAAACAAGAUGUUGGUUGGAGGACCAGAUACACUUUUAUGGACCAACGGAACUGAAAGAAUAACCAUGAGUGACAGCGUACCGGAGGAGAACGUACUGAAAAUCACUAUCACGGAGACCACCGUCAUUGAGUCGGACUUGGGCAUCUGGAAUUCCCACGCUCUCAUCUACCUCACCUUGUGGUUUUUCUUCAGCUUCUGCACGCUCUUCCUUAACAAGUACAUACUUUCACUGCUGGAGGGAGAGCCCAGCAUGCUAGGUGCUGUUCAAAUGCUCUCAACCACCUUCAUUGGCUGUGUAAAAAUGUUUGUACCGUGCUGUUUGUAUCAGCACAAGACACGUAUCUCUUACCCACCCAAUUUCAUCAUGAUAAUGCUGUUUGUUGGACUGAUGAGGUUUGCAACAGUAGUUUUAGGGCUGGUCAGCCUGAAAAAUGUGGCUGUUUCAUUUGCUGAAACAGUUAAAAGCUCUGCACCUAUUUUUACUGUUAUCAUGUCUCGGAUGAUUUUAGGAGAAUAUACUGGAUUGCUGGUCAAUCUGUCUCUCAUCCCAGUCAUGGGCGGACUAGCUUUAUGUACAGCCACAGAACUCAGCUUCAACAUUCUGGGUUUUUCAGCAGCUUUGUCGACUAACAUCAUGGAUUGUCUGCAGAAUGUUUUUUCCAAAAAGCUGCUCAGUGGAGACAAGUAUCGCUUUUCAGCCCCAGAGCUUCAGUUCUACACCAGUGCUGCAGCAGUCAUUAUGCUAAUUCCAGCGUGGAUAUUUUUCAUGGAUGUGCCAGUGGUUGGGAAAAGUGGAAGAAGUUUCAGUUAUAACCAGGAUGUCAUUGUACUGCUCCUAAUAGAUGGAAUCUUGUUUCAUCUUCAGAGCGUCACAGCUUAUGCUUUGAUGGGAAAAAUUUCUCCUGUCACUUUCAGUGUUGCUAGUACUGUGAAGCAUGCGUUGUCAAUCUGGCUAAGUAUUAUUGUGUUCAGUAACAAAAUCACAAGUCUCUCAGCCAUUGGAACUGUUCUAGUAACAAUUGGAGUCCUGCUAUAUAACAAGGCGAAGCAGCAUCAGCAAGAAACUAUCCAAAGCCUGGCGGCAGCAACAGCCCCACAAACUACACAAAGAACAGCUGAAGAUGCUGAGCCACUGAUUUCCAAGGAGAUAUAGCCAUAUAGUUGAUAUGGCCCUUACUUCUUCCAACCCAGUGUAACUCAAAGGAGCUCCUUCUUAAAUGGCUGCUACUCCAGCAGUUGACAGUGGUUGGUUUCUUUUGAGUCUGCAGCAGGUGAAGAGAUGGACUUGAAGCAGAAAAGAAGGGAAAAGAAUCUAGGAAGUCCUUUUUUACUGAGCAACUGACGUCAAGAGCUGAAGACCCAAAGUCGUAGUGUCAUAAAUACUGGCUUCAGGCUCUUUUCUUGACUCUGCUAAUAAAACACAAGACUAUCUUGGAGAUAAAACUUCAGUGUUGUAUGGGAAAGUUACUUGUGCCCUGGUCCACUGUGGUAAUGUGAAAACAUGACUCCUCACUGUCUUCUGCUUGCUUGCAGUGGAAUGAAACUGCUGCAGAGCAGAAUGUCCCUAUUCGCAGCUAUUUUGAGCGUCCUGCGCUGGGUGAAUUGGUAGGCUGUGGUGUGGUGCAAAGCUGCAGGAUGACUCCACACCCAUGGGUGGAAGUGAAGGACGUAGUCGCAAAGACAAGAAUAGUGGUGAGGAGCUAGUUCUCUGCAUAAACCAGCAAAGAAAAUCUGUGGUUUUCUGCUCAAAUUGUAACAAUUGGAGCAUUGCAGCUUUUCUGGUUACUUGUAGCAUUGAUACAACUUGUGAAACUGAAACCCAGACAUGCACACACUCCCUUGCUGCAACAUAGGACUUGACACACAUGAGCUGUUACUAUCAGGCAAAAACUACUGGAAACUGCAAUAAUAAAUAAGGCAACAUCAGCACUUCCAUUAUAACAAUAUACAUUUCCUCUGGAAUAUAAUUAACUAUAAAAAUCCUGAGAUAGGAGAGGGACUAAUGCCUACAAUUUUCUAGGGGUGAAAUAAAUACAUACUACCUUUAAGAAACUCAGGGUUAAAGUCAGUCUUUGGCCUGUCAUGGUGUGUGCAGUUAUCUGAGCAUCUCCUGUGAAGAGACCUGUUUGCUAUGGACAUUUUUGAUACAACCAGAGAAGAUGUGUGUUUGGUGGGGGGAAGGGGGGAGGAAAAGUUUUAAUUCUAAAAUAAAACUGCCCUGGCAUCUG